AUGUCUAGAGAAGUCGGUUUCAAUAACGAUGAUUCUCCUAACAAAACAAAUACGCACCUACAGCUUCCAAGCCCAAUUAUAACUAGACGAAAUAGAACUGCUUCUACAUCGGAAAGGGCGUUAGGUAAUCCCGUCGAGACUGGCAAAAUUAAGUCGUUUUGUAGAGAAAAAGGUCAUGGCUUUGUGACCCCAGUGCGCGGUGGUGAAGAUCUUUUUGUACAUAUCUCAGAUAUUGAAGGUGAAUAUGUGCCCCUGCCCGGAGAUGAAGUAAUGUACCGAUUGUGUCCUAUACCACCCAAGUUUGAGAAGAACCAAGCCGUCCAUGUCCGAAUUGUCCAUCUGACACCGGAAAAGCAUUUAAAAUGGGAUGAACCUAUGCCAUAA